AUGAUGAUCUUGCCCGUCUUUCUUUCAGUUGCGCUAUCGCAGGCGUUCGCGAACGCGGCGUCUUCUUCUGCCCAGACCUCCAACAUCACUGCUUCCAGUUGCGUUGAUCCAAGCGGCUACACGUCGUGUUUCAACAAGGCCAACGACGUCGCGCUCAACUGCUUCUCGGGCGCAGGAACCGACGAAACUGUGCAACAAUCCUGCGGCUGCGAGCUGUAUCUUGACGAAAUCCAAUGCGCGCUUGAAAGCUGUUGGAACCAGGUAUAUUCGUGCGAAUAUCAAGAACUGGCAUCGACGUUCCUGAUCAACUGUCCCUCCACCCCAAUCCCCUCCUUUCCUGCGCCGGAUGACGCCCCUAACCGAUGCUCGUGUAAUCUGGGAUACGUUAUACAAAACGCAACAGGCAGCUUCAACGCACCGUGCUCGACCGAAGCCACUCUGGAUGUAGAUCGGACAUUUGCAUGUACAUGCUGCAUGGAGUCUUCGGCCUGGACAUCCAUCUUUGAAAUCUGCCCCGACACGGAUCCAACCUUGAUCGGCUACAAUCGCAUCAACAAUGAGCUCGCCUAUUUCAACGAACCUUUCGAUCAGUGUGGCCAGUAUCUCGAGUCAUACAAUUGUGUCAAUGAUCUUAGCUUCACCCCAAUCGGCGACAUCCCUUUCUUGUCCAGUUUCCCUGCCACAACUGGGACUGCCACGCUGUCGAAUAUUGGUGGCAGCGUCACGACCCCGCCCCUUGGUGCCACUUACACCUGGACCGCAAAUGGGGUCCCCAGAACGAUCACGGCCGCCGACGCAAAGAAAACUGGAGCCAGCAAAGGUUCUUCGACAACAAAAGGCUCAGGAGCUGCUGCUACUUCUGGAAGCACCACUACCGGCUCUGGCAGUACUUCUUCUUCGAGCUCAGGGGCCUCGGGUAGCGCACAGAGUUCUUUGGGUAGUCACGCUUUGGUCAUUGGAGUCUCUUUGCUGGGGUUGGCGUUCUUGUGA